AUGGCUACCAACGGUGGCCUCCCGGCCUUGGACGCCGAGGAAAAGUCCAAAAUACCCGACUCGCCAUCGCUCAAUCCCACCGAAGAUAGCCCCACCGAAGAUAGUGCCCCAGCUCACACCCUCGAUCCACCAGAUGGCGGACUGCAGGCAUGGUUGUGUAUCGCCGGCUGCUUUCUUAUGCAGUUUGUCCAAUUCGGCCUGAUCAACACCUUUGGUGUCUUCCAGGAUUACUACGAGAAGACGAUCCUGUCAACUACGUCACCCGACACGAUCGCGUGGAUCGGCGGUGUCCAGCAGUUCCUAUUGUUCUUCGGCGGCCUCGUUGUCGGCAGGUGGUUCGACGCGCACGGCGCACACGUCCUCAUCAUCCCCGGAUCCAUCAUCAUCGUGCUCAGUCUGAUGUUUGUAUCCCUGAGCACAAAAUUCUACCAGCUCAUGCUCUGCCAAGGCGUCCUCUUCGGUAUCGGCUCGGCCCUCAUCUUCCACCCCACCAUCGCAGUUCCAGGCCACUGGUUCCGACGACGUCGCGCAUUAGCCAUGGCGAUCGUCGGUGCGAGUUCCGGUGCGGGCGGAACAGUUUGGCCCAUCGCGUUCAACGAACUAAUCAACAAGAUUGGCUUCCCGUGGGCCCUCCGCACUGCCGGGUUCAUCGCACUCGCCCUCUUCUCCAUCGGAUGCGCACUCGUCCGCACUAGGUUACCGCGCAAGACGCCAACCACUUGGGCCAAGGUCUUCCAACCCUUCCGCGAGGUGCCGUUUAUUCUACUCACCGCGAGUGUCUCGGCCGUGUUCUGGGGCCUCUAUUCGCCCUUCUUCUACGUCUCUGGCCGCGCGGCACAACUCGGCGCGUCCUCCUCCCUCGCGUUCUACUGCGUGAGCUUCAUUAACGCCGCCUCCACCGUUGGCCGCAUGCUCGCCUCGGCCGGCGACCACUGGGGCGCGUUCAACGUCCUCAUCACAGCCGCGAGCGGGAUGACCAUCGUCUGCUUCGCAUUCUGGAUUCCCUUGCAUACCGUCGCUCAGGUCGUCGCCUGUGCCGCGACGUACGGCCUCUUCGUGGGGAUGUACAUCGCAAUCAUCCCGGCGUGUAUUGCCACCACUGGUCCCGCACACGAGAUCGGCUUGCGCGUCGGAAUUCUGUGGGCCGUUGUCGCAGUGUUCUCCCUCACUGGGCCUCCGAUCAAUGGCGCGUUUGUCAACAAGCACACCACCACGGACGGGUUUGUCACUGAUGCCGGAUAUCGUGCCGUCGGGAUAUUCACAGGUGUCGUGUGCCUUGUCGGUGCCAUGUGUGCGAUGGGAUCCAAGUUCCGGGUCAGUGGUAGGGUGGGUGGCAUCCUGUAA